ACCUGACUCUGAAGAAGCCACAAACAUGCGAGGCCUGUGAGGAAAGAACAAGAGCUAGCAAAAGAAAAGAGAGCGCGCCGGGGGGUUGUGUAUUACAUGCAUCAAAGCGCGGGUCCCGGGGCAACUGCCCCGCUUCCCGGUGCCUAGGGGCGGCUCUGGGUGUCACCCCCUCUGAUGGUGUCACCCGCUGCUGUCAGCACCUCCUGCACACCCCUAGUGACGACGCCACUGCUUAAAACUGCGAUAGUGUGUAAGCCAUAACAACAACACAAACACAUUCAGCAGCAUCUGAUCACUUUCUGCCUGUGGUUAUUCAGAGCUUCGGCUAGAACAACGCGCCACCGACCCACCCACUGAAACAAGACACCCCCUCAGAUCGUAGCAAAGGCCACUCUACUCAGUUGGCCCCCUCGCAAAACCAGGGGGCUCUAUCGAACGUCGGGCACUCUUGUUGAUAAGAACAUAAUUAUAAAGAGCGGCGCAGAAAUAUUUCAAAGGAACGGAAAUAACAAGAAGCGCCUGCCAUUGACCUGCCAGGAGCGCCGCUAAGCACUAGAGAGCGCGUGUGACUCAAGCCUUUCGCGUGUGUGAUUCUACCUUUCUCUCUAUGGGCGAGCGGCGCCUCGCAGCGCUCUGCGGAUUUGUGCAAGAAGAAUUUGUUGUUUGACUGGCCUGCUUGUGAUGCAAGCUGUCCUGUUGAAGGAUCUAGGGCUCCGGAUGUCCCAGUGAGGGACACGGGACAGCAUGGCUGAAGCUGUCCAUUACAUCCAUCUUCAGAACUUCAGCAAGUCCCUUCUGGAGACUCUGAAUGCGCAACGCCUGGGCGGACAUUUCUGCGAUGUGACAGUGCAUAUCCAGGAGGCCACACUGCGUGCCCACCGCUGUGUGUUGGCUGCAGGCAGCCCCUUCUUUCACGAUAAGCUGCUGCUGGGCUACUCGGAGAUUGAGGUGCCCCCUGUGGUCCCCAGUCAGGUAGUGCGCCAGCUGGUGGAAUUCAUGUACAGUGGCUCUCUGGUUGUGGCCCAGUCUGAAGCUCUGCAGAUCCUCACGGCCGCCUCUAUCCUGCAGAUCAAGACAGUCAUCGAUGAAUGCACCCAAAUCAUCUCUCAGAGCCGCAGCCCCAAGCCUCCCACUGUCCCACCUCCGGUAACCCUCUCACUUCCCAGGGUUCUCUCCACAAAACCCCAAGAACAGCCGCCCAAAGAGAUCAUUGGCAGCGUCUCACGGCCUGGAGACCUUGAAGCUUCCCACCUUGAACCUCCUAAGCUGCUCUGUGCUUCAGAGGUGCGCUACAAGCUGCGCGACCUGCUCUCUUCCCAGCACAGGGAAGCUCGGACAGCCACCUGUGAGGGGGGCAUAAGUGACGGGGAGACGGGGGGACCGUACCUGCACCCCACUGAGGCAACUCCCAGCUGUCACAGCCGCAAGCAGCGCCAACCCGUGAGGCUUCAGCUGUCUGAGACGAUGCCUGUUAUCAUCAAGGAUGAGGAGGAGGGUGGCGGGGAAGGCCAGGAGGGGGGGGUGGAAGAAAGAGAGGCCAAGCUGAGCUGUUUCCCUGAAUGUAGUGGGGGCGGAAGCUUCCCUGCUGGCUUCAGCGAUGAGGCAGAAGCAAAGGAUUCUGGGAACGCUGGCAGGGCCAGCAGGAAGGAGAGCCUCCACUUGGAUUAUGCCACUGCCGAGGGCCAGGAUUUCUUUGGGAACCAGGAUGUCUUUUCAGAGUCUUUCAUCCCAUCCUGGCAGGGGGAGGAAAGCGGCGAAGAAGCCGCAGCUUCCACCGCACGGGACAGGGAGAAGUUCCACUCGGAUUGCAGCUUGGAGACAUCCAACCUGAGGAGCUUGGCAGGCGAGUUCAAGCCGGACUUGGGUGGCCCCUCCUCCUCGGCAUUUGCCCCUCGCAGCAAUAGCGGCAGUGGGGGCUUGGCUUUUGUCUCCCCACUGGGCAUCCAACGGGAGCUCAAGGCGGAGGUCAGCAGUGCCAACACAGCCGCCAGCACCACCAACAUCUUCCAGUUCCACAUGCCCCAGCCUGCUGGGGUGGCCCAGGGCUUUUACAGCAUCCAGCAGCAGCAGCAGCAAGAUGUGGGCGCCAGCAACAUGGUGCAGCUCAGCCCCGGUGCCAUCGUCACGGGCCCCCUGCACAGUGGCGAGCAGCAGAGCCAACAGCCAGGUCCCUCGCGCUGCGCAGAGCCCUCCUACCAGUGCAGCCAUUGCCAGAAAACCUUCAGCUCCCGCAAAAACUACACCAAGCAUAUGUUCAUCCAUUCAGGCGAGAAACCCCACCAGUGCAGCAUCUGUUGGCGCUCCUUCUCCCUGCGGGACUACCUGCUCAAGCACAUGGUGACCCACACCGGGGUGCGGGCCUUCCAGUGCUCCAUCUGCUGCAAGCGCUUCACCCAGAAGAGCUCCCUCAACGUCCACAUGCGCACCCACCGCCCCGAACGCUUCCAGUGCUGCAUCUGCAACAAGUACUUCUCCCACCGCACCCUGCUGGAGCGCCACAUGACCACCCACACGGCAUGGAAAGGUGGGCAGCCCGACACCCCAGGGGCCAUUGCAGCCGUCACUGCUGCUACUGACUGGAAGGAGAAACCCACCACUACCACCGCUGCUGGAACCGAGGGUACCAUUGCCGUUACUGCCGCGGCAUGGAAGGCAGGGGAGCCGUCCACUGAGACUGCCAUCGCUGCAUGGAAAGCAGGGGACCAGGACCCUGGGGAAGGCAGUAUGGUGGCCUGGAAGGGGGAAGCAACUGGGGAAGGGCCAGUUUCAGCCUGGAAAGGGGACCCAGGCUCAGAGGCAGCCAUGCAGACUCAUACAGCCUAGGGCUUUCCCCCUCCACCCCUCCUCUUUAUGGAUUUUCCUUGUCCUGCACUUGUUGCUCACAGAGGUGGUGACUGAAUCACUGACUGCAGGAAGGUGUCUGUUCCAGCAUCCUGCAAACUGGAAAGGCUGUCCAUGAAAGGCUUAGAUUUCUCCCACCGACAAGGCAGCCCUUUGUGGGCUGCCGUGUAUGCAAGCCGAGCUGUGAGUUCUAAAAUGGAGAGCCGAGGCGUUGCUAGGGGAACCCUUUCCACUGGGCCGUGGGAUCUGCGGUCAGAGGAGGUGGCCGGGGACAGGGAAGGAGCUGCAUUUACAAUCCUGUUGUCACUUCUGUUCCCAGCCUGGCUGUAACUCACUGGCAGAGCCCAGCCUUUGCAUGGAGGGAAAAAAAGGCAUCGAUUCAAUCCCUGGCAUCUCCAGUUACAGGAUCUCAAGCAGCAGGACAGGGAAAGACCUUUGCUCGAGACUUUGGUGAGACCUGGCUGGUCUGAGCAGACCAGGGAUGGGAGAGAUGUGGCCCUCCAGAUGUUGUUGGACUCCCAACAAUUGUCAGGCCCAGCCAGUAUGGCCAAUGGUCAGGGAUGACAGGAGCUGGAGUCCCGUAACAUCUUGAGGGCCAAAGGUUCGCCCAUCCCUGCAGUAUACAGUACCAGGGCAGUUGGGCCAGUGGUGUGACCUAGGCUGAGGCAGCUUGAUAUCUCUAUAUUUCACCAUAAUAGCUAAAUGCCCAUGGUCGGAGGCAGGAUGCCCGUGAAUGCCAUUUGCUGGGGGCUCCAGCAGAAGAGAACUGUUGCCAUGCUGCCCUGCUUGUGCCCUGCCCAUGGGCUUCCAGGGGCAUUUGGCUGGGCACUGUGGAAGGUGGAUGCGAGAUGGAUCGUUGGCCUGAUCCAACUAGGUUGCUCUUAUGAAGGAUCUCAACAGUAAAUGGGGAACUCUUUUUUGUUGUAGUUAAGAUUUUUUUUUAAUUAAGUGGGCAAGCUUGAGUAUGUCAUCCUUAUAGCUUACCAGCCUUUCCCAACCAGUGUGCCUCCAGAUGUUGUUGGACCACAACUCCCAGCAGCCUCAGCCAGCAUUGCCAAUGGCCAGGAAAGAUGGGAGUUGUGGUCCAACAACAUCUGGAGGCCCACUGGUUGGGAAAGGCUGGCUUAUACUGUUACUGUCUUGCAUUUCCAAAGUGGCUGGAUUGCAGGAAUGUUUUUCUCAAAAAUGGAUCAAAAUAUCCGAGCCCGUUCUGUCUUCUGUUUCUCCAUCCGUUAUUGGAAAUAAAGCAGUAUAUGUGUCUGCGUCUGUUUCUCAGAACCGUAAGGGCUUUUGACGAGAUUGCUGAAGAGGGGCCUCAGCUCAGCUGGAGGCAGAUGGUUGCAGGUUCAACCCCUGGUACCUCCACUGGAACAAGAUCAGGUGAUGGAUGGAGAAGGCCCUUCCCCUGCCACAGACCCUGGAGAGCCACUCCGAGCAGACAGUACUGGACUCGGUGGACAAG